UUCACAGAAGAGCCUGUGAGCCUUACUGCACCUCAAGCUCUUCUCGUAGAGGAAGGGACGGAGCAGGCAGCUGACACCAUGGUGUUCCCCUCAGCACACACCCGCAGAAAGCGCGUCCCCUGGCAGGGGCUCCUGCUGACUGCUUCACUGUUAACUUUCUGGAGCCCACCGACCACGGCCCAACUCGCUAUUGUGUCGACCAACGCUGCCGAAGGGAAGGAUGUGCUUCUGCGCAUCCGCAAUAAGCCCCACGAUGUCGUAGGCUAUAUGUGGUACAGGGGCGAAGGGGCAAGCGCCAAUCGUAAUAUUGCGUCUAUUGCAGUAGGCCCAGGACUAUAUGCCACAGGGCCUGCACACAGUGGUCGUGAGAAAAUUAAUAACGAUGGAUCCUUGCUGUUAAGGAAGGUCACCCGGAAGGACACAGGAUACUACACCAUAGUAGCCUACCUUCAUGAUUCAAAAAAAGAAAUAGGAUUUGGACGGCUUAAUGUGUACCGGCCUGUGAGAGUGCCCACCCUCCGAGCCAGCAAUACCACAGUCACCGAGAACAAGGACACCGUGGUCCUGACCUGCGACACAGAUGCAGUCUCCACCCAGUGGCUGUUCAACGGCAUGAAUCUGCGGCUCACGGAGAGGAUGAAGCUGUCCCGCAACAACAGCACCCUCACCAUAGAGCCCGUCAGGAGGGAGGACUCGGGGAACUACCAGUGUGAGGUCUCCAACCCCAUCAGUUCUAUCGAAAGUAAGCCUCUAGGGCUGGAUGUGAAAUAUGAGUGACACUUGUCCCCUCCUCCAUGUUAUAAUACUUUGAAUAAAUUUGUUUGCACUCAUUAAACAGAUUUGUUUUGAGGGUGGAAAGUACUUAGAAGACUAGGAAUUUGCCAAUAA